AUAUAAUAAUAAUUAAACUAAUGGGAAUGGGGCUUUUAUGAGAAAAUACGAUAUUUUUGUAUAUCUUUAAAGUAAAAUCUCACUUUUUAUGAGCUGAUAAGUGAUAGAACGAGAAAAUACUUCUGAUGUUAAGCAGCUGGAUCAUCUACCCAUAGCAGUGUCAAUACGAUCCGAGUCGUAACGCAAAACAAAAUUACUCACGGCGUAACGCCAUUCUUCCCUCAUCUUUCUACAUGAGAUGGAAUGUCUUUCCUGGUUGUAAUUACAUUGACACACUACUGGAACACGACAGCGCACAGCAGGUUUUUAGCAGAAAUAGGUUUGUCUGUCUCGAGUCAGUUAUUGCCCCUGCCUAUUUAAUCAAAGUUGCAGUGCCCAAAGGUGUCGUAAGAGGCGAGUAAGGGCAUUUAACAAUGGGAGGCUCCUUUGCAUAGGAUGCAGCUAGAUUAUGGGUACCUCAACGGCGCCUUUUUCUGUUGUGAAGCAGUAAUGUGUAUGCAAUAUUGUGUCUCGGUAUGAAGGGCGCUGCAGCUAGUGAAAUUACUGGGCAAAUAAGAUUUAACAUUUUUUUUCUCAAGGUGACAAGCGCAAUUGUAGUCCGCUCAGGAUUUUUGGGAUUUUCACGAAUCCUGAGCGGCAUUGCAUUGUAAUGGCAGGACGCUCGUCUCGUCCCUUAUUGUCAUAAAAAAAAUAACCGAGAGCAUUGAAUGACAAUUAAAUGCUUUAAUAUGCCAAACAAACGUCGGGUCCUUUACAUUUGUAAUUGUCACGCAUAAUACCGUUGCAAAUUGUUAUUAGAAACUUAUCGAUCCCAUGAAUUGUUGCUAGUAAACUAUACCAACGAGCUCGUUGGUAUAGUUUACUAGCAACAAUGGAGAGCUCUCCAUUCAGGCUGGUCAUCAAAAUAGAAAAAUGACAAGAUAACCUCUGAUUUGUUCUUUUUCUCAGAUUAAAAAAACUACUUUUCACGAGUUCAGAUAUCAGGGUAAAUGAACAUGCGGAUUAUAUGACUAUAUUUUCAUGCAUCUAAUAAAAAUAGUGGCUUGCGCAACGAGUGCGCAUGAGCAACCUUUGCACGGCUCUGAUCCGUACGGAAACUGACACGGAGAGUUAAGCUCAAAAUAUUCCGGUCCCACGUGAAGACCGUAUUGAUGUAUGGGUGUGAGACGUGGAAGGUCACCAAGCCCCCUCAUCAACUUCAGGUUUUUGUUAACCGAUGCCUUCGAAAUAUCCUCGGUAUUCACUGGCCCGAUAAAAUUUGGAACCAUCCCCUUUGGCAACGCUGUCAUGAAGUCCCAAUCGACCAACAGAUAAAAUGCCGCAAUUAGAGCUGGAUCCACGUAGGCCACACACGCCGGAAGGACCCUAACCGUAUACCGAGGCAAGCCCUAGACUAGAACCGUCAAGGAAAACGCAAACGUGUCCGUCCAAGGAAACCGGGCGGCGGACUGUCAUUGACGCAGCGAAAGACAUCGGAAAGAUUUGAGUGAAAUUAUUAAGAGAGUUGCUCACGACCGAUCGCGAUGGAGAUGCACUGUGGAUGCCCUCUCAGCUAGGGGAUACGGGAACUUAAGUAAUAAAAUUAGUAUUAUUUCUCGGGCAUAAGUUUCUAAACCCAACAUACUGUGUCUAGAAACUUAUGCGCGUGAAAAACAGCCUUGUUAUGUAGUCAAAGUCAAAGUUAUUCACACAACAGAAUUACAAUAAAAAAUUGUAAAUCAUCAGCUAAAUACAAGAUAGGCACUCUACUUUGUGUGUACACAGAAUGAAUGGCAGAAAUAUUUGUUACAUUUUAUGCAAGUUCUAAGGUUUUAUAUGUUCCUUCUUGUGUAUAAAGUGGAUCGCACUAGAGUCUAGACCAGGGGUCGGCAAGUAGGGUAAGGUGGAGACCAGAUAUGCGGGAAAAUUCUAACGAGGUCCGGAAAAACAACUGAUAAUAAUUACGUGCUACCUAUUUAUUGUAUGGUCUUAAAUAAAAUUUAGAAGGCAAGAAAAACACAAGACGUAAAUUUAAUGUGAGAAACUGCACCGACGGUCUUGAGCCAGUUUUUAUAGUUUAUUAUUAAUUAGUACCUGGUAUACAAUUAAUACAAACAUUACAAUAUUUGCUAGUCACAGGUUCGACCUAUCGCGGUCCGCCUGUAGCCGACACUUGGUCUAGAGUCUAGACCGUGCGGAAGGAUAUGCGAUGGAUCGACCAAAUCAAGUCUGCCGUGGGCAGUUUUAGUGUAUGAGUGCACCAAAGAGGAUGUAAAUACUACGUAAUACGAGGCGGGACUGCCUAAGUAAAAAUUUAAAUUUAGUUGAGUAUGAAACGUGCAGUAAUUUGACAUAAGUUCGAAAUUGUAAUUACAAUAUUGGGCGACGAAGUAUAAUCCGGCUAAGUUUGAUAGCGGACAGUUGCUUAAAACGUAGUGAAUUUCGGCAAUAUCUGUUUUUUUUACAUGUAUUAAAGCCGUCAUCUGUCAAUCUUUCAAUGACUGCACGUUUCAAACAAUCGAGUGUAUCCCUUUUUUUUUGAGUUUCGCUAGGUGCAUUGGCAGUGCACUCAAAUGAUGACCCACGACAGCUCUGUCAAGAGCGUACAAUUUAAGAAAAAUAAUAAUAGCUAUUAAAGCAGAUUUUCAUAUAGAAUAAGAUGAAGGAUGGAUUUUCGUGUAGCAGGGUAAACUAAAACUAAACUCUACUUAGAGAGAAAUGUAUUAGCAUCAGUUGUACGUAAGCAGCAAUUAAACUUUUUGAUUCACGUUUUUCGCUCGGCAUAUGUUUAUUAAAGGCUUUUAAAAGUAGGUUCCAAAACAAGGUUCCUCUCUUGCAACACCGGAGAAAAAUUAUAUACCUACCUACGCGAUUUCUUUUGAUGAAGGAUACUAUAUGGAUAUACUUGUAUGGGUGGCAUCAUGACACUCAAUGGCAUCUUUUAAAUUUUGUAACAUACCUACGCUUCGUGUUAUUUUACAUUGAAAUUAAUAAAAUACAAUAAAAAAAAUCACUAAUGAAAUAAGUUUUUUUUAAAGUGAUCAAAUGGGGGUCUACCCCAGUCUAACCUGGCUACGUUAGUUUAAGAACUUAUUGCCCAUAAAACUAACGAUGGUUUUUCUCAUAGACCAAGUAUAGUAACUAGACAUCGGUUUAGCGUGGCCAACAUGAGACAGAUAAUAUCCUAUAUAUAUAGGUACAAUAGGUACAUAAUAUAACACAAGUAUUCUUUCACUAUCACUUUUACAUCAUAAAACAAAACAUCACACCAUAUUUCCUUCGAUUCUACUUAAAAUUGUCACUGAUGUUAAUAAUAAAUAGUGGAUAUUUCACACGUUUUACAACUUUUCUGUGCAGCGCUGUCAAGUUUGUUUAGCACACCGGGUGUGCUGACCUUGAAAAAACCGGCACGCAUGGCGAAACAAAAAAUCUAAUCACUCUAUCUCAUUUCUUUAGAUAAAAUUCGCAUAAGUUUUUCUUUUUCUCGUGUUGUGUGAGUUAGACGGAAGCUAUCAAUUAUUAGUCUAGUUACUAUAAGUACUUGGUCUAAAUAAUAUUUAAAAAUUAUUUAAAUAUUAUUUUAUUGUAUUUUGGUUUUAGCUGAUGGUCUUGUUACCAAUGUCCAAUGCUCUCAAUAAAUAAAACAAACAACAAACAAGUAAUGAAAUAAAUUUACACUUGAUUUUGCUACAUAAUAUGCCUUCAUUUUAAUUUAUGACAGCAAACAGCUGACUAUUGAGCAAUGGAUGGCAUUGGCCAAUGUGAAACCAUUACUAACCAAUGGUCAAUGAGUGAUUGACACUUGACAGUACUUACUUAGUUCUAAUUUCUAAACAUACGGUAGACACAGUUGUUUGUUUUGUUGACUUGUUGUAAUGUGUGAAGUAAUAACUUUAGAGCUUUAAUAAUAUUAAGUAUUAAUCAUAGAAAAGAGGCGGUGCUUUAUUCUCCAAGAAUUUGCCCCAUAAUUUGUUAGUGUUAUUAAUUUUUGCAAUGACAACGGAAUCUGCCCAAAAAGUAACGAAAACAUUUAAUUAUUCGUUUCCGACGUGCACAAACAAGGAUGUUUUCUUCAAGUUAGAAGUCCCGGUGGAUAUUCCCUACGAUGGCUCUUCAGGGGAACUGGUCCAAAGGAUUAUCAAAAUGUUCCGGAUUCCUGUAUUCUUAGAAGAUGAGUUAAAUGAAAAGCUGUCACAUUUUAUAUCUGAAGAAACCAAAACAUUCCACAAUGACCGAGAUGAGAAACUUAUAAACCAAUUAAAAAAUGGAGAGCUUAACUUAGAAGGUAUCAUCAAAAACUGGGAGAAAAGCUUCAAAGACAAUGUGUUAGAGUAUGCUGAACAGAAGGGGUCCUCGGAUGAAGAGGUGUUUGCUGCGGCGUAUCACAAGCUUGUACAUUCACCAGCUCUGGACACAAUAAUGCAAGUUGAGAGCUCAUACGCCAAUACUGUUAUGAGUAUGAUUGACAGCAGAGAUGAUGAUACCAAGAAACUCACACAAAGACAAACCGAAGAAAUGGAGGAGAAAAUGCGUCUCCUAAACACGUCUACCACGGAAGACGACAUAAAUGCUCUAGCGGCGAAACAUUUUGAGGAACAGAGUGUGACUUCAGGCCGAUGGGAGUCCCAACUCGAUGCCCUGCGGCAUGCCCAAAGAGCGGAGCAUAGAGCCUGGAUCAUGUCCGCCAUUGAUGAUUACCAGCUUAACGAAAACGCUACACCUAGCAACUCCCCCCUGUGCACGCUGCCCCCGGAACUCCCCCCGGCCGUCCCCGCGCCCCCUCGCCUGGAGGAGAGUUUCACCAUCCACCUGGGGUCACAACUCAAACAAACGCACAACAUUCGACUGCUUGCGGCAGACAUAUUGGAUUUGUGCUCCGUCAACCGUGGCGACAGUGGGACGUGGAGUAGAGUCCAGCCGGCCCUGGCCUUGUACUCGAGCGAGCUGAGCGGCGUGGUGCUGCUCGCCGAGCAUGCUCCCGAACGUUCGCCGCUCGCCGAGCGUGCUCGCCGAGCCACAGAACACCACUUCCCCGACGUACACCUGCAGCUGAGAGACAUCGCUGACAAAGUUAAAGAGCCGGCGGAGGCGCGGAACAAGGCACGCGGUAGUUCUCGCUCCCGAGCGCUUCAGCCUGGCGACGUGUUCAUCAGCCGCCACUCCAACCUGAUGGACGCCCACGUGGUCUACCAUCUACUGGUCGAUGAUGACAAUAUAAACUCGGGUGAUAUAACAUCUCGCCACCCGGCUAUACUCGGCCUGCGGAACAUUCUCAAGUCCGCGAGUUGUAACGACGUGACCUCGCUCGCCAUACCGCUGCUUCUUCGACACGAUUUCACAGAGGAGAUGACAAUGUCGUGGUGCCUGCGGCGCGCCGAGCUGGUGCUCAAGUGUGUGAAGGGGUUCAUGUUGGAGACCAGCGCGGCGGGCGGCACCGACCUGCGCACUCUCACCGUGCUGCUGCCGGCUGCCGCGCCGCAGCUGUUCCAGGCCAGCGGCCAGCUCCUCACCUCCAUCUUCCGGCUGGCCUCGCCCGUGCGCCACCACUGAUAGCACCGACCUGCACUCUCACCGUGCUGCUGCCGGCUGCCGCGCCGCAGCUGUUCCAGGCCAGCGGCCAGCUCCUCACCUCCAUCUUCCGGCUGGCCUCGCCCGUGCGCCACCACUGAUAGCACCGACCUGCACUCUCACCGUGCUGCUGCCGGCUGCCGCGCCGCAGCUGUUCCAGGCCAGCGGCCAGCUCCUCACCUCCAUCUUCCGGCUGGCCUCGCCCGUGCGCCACCACUGAUAGCACCGACCUGCACUCUCACCGUGCUGCUGCCGGCUGCCGCGCCGCAGCUGUUCCAGGCCAGCGGCCAGCUCCUCACCUCCAUCUUCCGGCUGGCCUCGCCCGUGCGCCACCACUGAUAGCACCGACCUGCACUCUCACCGUGCUGCUGCCGGCUGCCGCGCCGCAGCUGUUCCAGGCCAGCGGCCAGCUCCUCACCUCCAUCUUCCGGCUGGCCUCGCCCGUGCGCCACCACUGAUAGCACCGACCUGCACUCUCACCGUGCUGCUGCCGGCUGCCGCGCCGCAGCUGUUCCAGGCCAGCGGCCAGCUCCUCACCUCCAUCUUCCGGCUGGCCUCGCCCGUGCGCCACCACUGAUAGCACCGACCUGCACUCUCACCGUGCUGCUGCCGGCUGCCGCGCCGCAGCUGUUCCAGGCCAGCGGCCAGCUCCUCACCUCCAUCUUCCGGCUGGCCUCGCCCGUGCGCCACCACUGAUAGCACCGACCUGCACUCUCACCGUGCUGCUGCCGGCUGCCGCGCCGCAGCUGUUCCAGGCCAGCGGCCAGCUCCUCACCUCCAUCUUCCGGCUGGCCUCGCCCGUGCGCCACCACUGAUAGCACCGACCUGCACUCUCACCGUGCUGCUGCCGGCUGCCGCGCCGCAGCUGUUCCAGGCCAGCGGCCAGCUCCUCACCUCCAUCUUCCGGCUGGCCUCGCCCGUGCGCCACCACUGAUAGCACCGCGCACAGAACAUGGCCAGCUGACAGCAGAGCAGAGUUGGUAGAAACCAUCAGGGUAAAACACAUUGGGAUAAAAUGAAUGGAUUUAUUUGUAAAAACUGAUUCCUAAAGAAGUCUGUAUGAUGUCUAUUAAAGUAAUACGAAGAGAAACCAGGGGUGUAGAAGUGUGCAAGGCACAAUAGGCGACGGACAAAUGGCCGUUGGGCAGAAAUCUUCGAAUGGCGACCACAAGUGAUGGUAGUGACCAAAGAUCUGUUUGGGAUCGCCGGAAUGAGUUGGAUGAGGGCAGCGCAGGACCGAUCGACAUGGCGAUCUUUGGGGGGAGACCUUUGUCCAUCAGUGGACGUCUUCCGGCUGAAAUGAGGAGGAAAAACCGGAAUAAGCCCAGUAUUCUUUGGGAACCCUAUAUCGAAUGCUUUGAUGACCCCGUUCAGUUGGAGUUGGAAGUAAUAUAGCUAAACUUUCACAUAAAAUUGAGGGUUAAAGUACCUUAAUACAGAAAAUUGGAGCCCAAUAUCUUAACCUAAAAAAGCAGCUGAAGUAGAAGUCAUAGUGCAAAUACACAAUUGUUAAAGGAGUUGGGAACUCCAGGAGCAUUAUUGUUGGGGUUUUGGUUUGCUGGAAAAAGACAAUGAAGAAUGGGCCGUCUAACUGCCUAAGUAAUUUGAUCAAUUAUAAAAUUGAGCAACCUCACUUUAAGAUCUAAUUUCACGUUGGUGACUUAAAGUUCCUUCAAGACCGCACUCUGGACAACGCCACCCACUCAAGUUGGUGAAGGUGGUGUGAUGAUGCUGAGCAUUUGGCAUGCAAGGGAAGGGGUGGAGUCCUCCUACGUUGUACUUUGCUGUCUUCAUCUUCUUUGUGUACAUCUUUGAUCAGAUAUAUACUAGAUUCAGCUUUACAGCAUACAUAUGGCAUGAGUUCAUUCUUAUCUAUUUAUAUCUCUGCCACUGCGCAGUAGAAUUGUGUCCGUGUAUAUGCAGAGUUCGCUCAUGUUCGACCAUCCAUAAAUUACGUCACAGGGAGGGGGGUCUCCAUAGAGUGACAAGGAUUCUCUCAUUAACACCCGUACCAUUAGCGCCUCAGGAAUAUUUUUUAUAAUUUUAAUGUUCACUAUAAUUAUUAUCCUGAGACCCGUAUGUUUAAUUGUUUGUCUCCAUAAAAAUAAGAGAACAGAUUUAAGAAAAAUUUAAUUUAACUAGUCAUACUAUUAAAUUAUUUAAAUUGAUGAAUAUACCAGAAAUUUAUUCUACUUUCGUUACUGUGUCACUAUACUUCCUAAAUGCGGUCGCAAUGCAAAAAUAUUUUUUAUUUAUUAAAAGGGUCAUUUGCUAUUGACAUUUGCGACUGAUCUUUAUAUUUCGACACGUAAUUACUUAUAAAUUCACAAUAUAUUUUCACGUAGAUAAGAAUAUUAUUGAAUGAUCUGUAUUAUAUAAGAAUUAUUGUACAUAACUUUUGUUAAUUACUAUAUAAAUUAAAAAACAUAUAAAUUA